AUGGCGGAUGUGGACGUGUUUGACAACAUGAAUAAGUAUCAUAGGGGCUUCGAGGGCAUAGACCCAGACAUUAGCCGGUAUCCAUACUGCAUCGUUUGGACCCCUAUCCCAGUGCUCACGUGGCUCUUGCCUUUCGUCGGGCACAUGGGAAUCUGCACUUCCGCAGGUGUGAUCCGAGACUUUGCCGGGCCAUACUUUGUCUCUGAGGAUAACAUGGCAUUCGGGAACCCCACAAAAUACUGGCAGCUGGAUGUGAGCAAAGUGUAUGCCAACGGCCCCAAUGCCUGGGACAUAGCCGUGAAUGAUGCCUCAGAGGAGUACAAACACAGAAUGCACAACCUAUGCUGUGACAACUGCCACUCCCACGUUGCCAUGGCGCUGAAUCUUAUGCGCUACGAAAACAGCACCUCCUGGAACAUGGUUAACCUCUGCCUGCUCUCCCUCAUCCACAGCAAGCAUGUCAGUUGUGGGGGAUUCCUGAAGACCUGGCUACCUUUCCUCCUGCUAAUUGGAGUUAUCCUCACCAUUACCUUGGCACUCAACCUGCGGUGACCAUACAAGCGGGGGGACCAUAUUCUUUAGGUGUUCCUGAAUCCUGUGGUGAUAUGCUGGGACUGUCUGUUGCUUUGGCAAGAGUUUCCUAAGAUGUUGGCAGGUUGGUUCUGCCGGCCUGGAGAAACAGACCUCUCAGGGAGGGAAUGGAUCUCGAGAGUCUUUAUGGAAAAUCUUUAAAUGGUGGGGUGAAAGGGGUGGGGGUCCCAUCUGUGCCCUCCCACCACCCCCCCAGCUGUAGGCAAAACUUUGAUACUUCAAUGGCUUGGUCCAUUGAUGGCUUGGUUAACCCUGUAACCUCUUUUAUGCUUUCCUUUUUCUAACAGAAGAAAGAAAAAAAAUCUUUGCUGUUCUUCUUUAAAAGCAUGAUCAUAUUGCAUAUAAAUCUUUGUUGUUUGUUGAAAUUUUUUUAUCAGUGUCAAGGGCAGUGCUCUGGAAUGGUGAGCUACACGGGCUGUUGUGAGUUUUUCCCAUUUACAUUUAUAAUAAACAUCACAAUGUG